CAGUGCAACACAGAUGGAGCGCGCACACCUCUAGAUAUGUUUACCUCAUCCCUCUGGCCGCACAGCCUGCCGUCUCCACUCACACGUGACUGAUCACAUGGUCGUGACGUCAUCGAAGGUCCUUUCGCACACUAGGUUUCUGCAUCUACUCUCCGGUGACAGCAGGCUGUACAGAGAUGGCGGCGUUCAGAUGGUGCGGUGGUGUCCUCCGCUCUGUGUGUAGAGGUGGGAUCUCUGUACCAGAAGUGAGGAGCAGCGGCCUAUUCACCAAAUUUACACUUAUCCAGGAGCCAUGUUACCAACCUGCACUUUCCAGUGUCUUUAUUCAGCAAGCCAGAAUGUCAGGCAGCUUCUUCAGCAGAUUGACCGCAAAUGAACUAUGGAAAGGAGUGUUGGCGGAGACUGGGGGUGGUGCUCGAAAGGGAAGAGGUAAAAGAACCAAGAAAAGAAUUAAAAGAAAUCUUAAUAUUGGACAACAUAUUGGAGAUGGUAAAUCUGGACAUCUUUGGCCAGGGUUAAAUGUCCCUAUUUUAGCAAGUGGAAAAGCACAGGCCAUAGCAAAGAGGGAUCAACAACAGCUAGAAGCAAUGCAAGCCAGAAUACUUCAAGAAAGAGACGACUUUGAGAAAAAACGAAAGACCAGAGUAAAAAGAGAGAGAGGAUGGACUGGCCAAAGCUGGGGAGGAAUCAGUAUUGGGCAUCCAGAUCCAGGUCCUAAUGGAGAAACCUAUGAAGACUUUGACUGCAGAGUGAUUGAGUUAAAAAGUGUGUUCAACAUGACUGCCAAAGAGGGAAGAAAGAGAUCUGUCAGUGCCUUGGUGGCGGUGGGAAAUGGCAAUGGAGCAGCAGGGUUUGCUCUUGGAAAAGCCAGUGACAGACUCAUAGCGCUCAGAAAGGCAAAGAACAGAGCUAUCCAGUAUAUACACUAUAUUGAGCGAUACAAUGACCACACAAUAUAUCAUGAUAUAAAUUCAACUUAUAAAAGAACUACAAUUAAAAUGAAGAAACAGAACCAUGGUUAUGGUCUACAUUGUCACAGAGCGGUGAUCACCAUCUGCAAGUUAAUUGGUAUCAAAGACAUGUAUGCCAAAGUUAAUGGUUCAGUCAACAUGCUUAACCUCACAAGGGCGCUCUUCUUGGGUCUGGCGCAGCAGGAGACCCAUCAAGACCUGGCCAACAAGAAAGGCCUGCAUGUAGUGGAGUUUAGAGAAGAAUGUGGUCCUUUACCCCGUAUUGUGGCUUCACCUCAAGGGGCACUCUCUACAAUCCCAGAAGCGGAAGGAGAGAUCCCUGACGUAAAGCUAGACUGGAAUGAAGUAAAACUAACCCAAGGGCUAAAACGUUCUAUCUGGGCCAAUGUGAAGAGGACAGUCUGGUGAAUUUCCAAAAUGAAAUUGCCCUUCUACAAUACGCAUUGCAGACUGUGUUAUCACUUUCUUCCCCCCCCCCCCCCCCUUUUUUUUUUUUACACAGCCCUAAAUAGAAUUCAAAGACUAAUUCUUAUGACUGCCUAAUGAUGCCCAUCUUGUGUUACUGUCAUUAAAUCAAUAUUUGACAUGCCGAUCAAAGUUGCAGUCGCAUCGGUUCCUACUCCUGAGACCUGCUGCAGUCAUGAGUUAUUAGCCAGGGAAGCGAGCUGUGUUGUAUCCUGCGGCCCAGCCCGCAGAGAGAUCCGUACAUUUAUCUGUAUAGGCUUCUAUCCAGAGAAACUUUAUGCUGUUAAAUUUCUUUAUCUUUAUAGUGGUGGUUGCUCUUCUAUUCUGAUAGAGCUACCGUUAGAGGGAGCAGAGGAGCAUACUAAUGUAUUUUUCAGUUUAAUAUAAGUGGUCCCUUAAGUUACAAUGGCAUCAGGUUACAAUAUUUUUUAUAUUUAAUGUUUUUUUUCUGGACCAUUGUAACUUGAAACCAAACUCAACAUACAAUGCCAUAGAAAAUCCUGAUCUGCAAAACCUGUCAAUGGCUGAAUGAACUGGCCAAUCAAAAUGUUCAUUUUACUGGUAAAACACCUGUAUUACUGAAGUGUAUACACUUACUGACUGUUUGGUAGCGCUUCCUACAGUACAGGGAGGUACUACAUUUUUUGUACUACUUUUUACCUGUGCCAUGGUAGCUGCACCUUUGUACACAGGUGGGGAUGGCUCAAUUUUACUUUUUUGGGACACUGUGUGUACUGUACAAGACCAUGAAAAAUCUCCUGUCCUCUACAUAGACAGUGAUUUACAGCUUCCAGCAAUUCUUUCUUAAUUUCUUUCUUUCUUAAUGUAAGGAUUAGCUUUAUCUGGAUUAGUUAUCAACUUAUUUUUCUUUAAUUUUUAACAAACAAUGGUCAUCCUGGAACCAAUAAAUAUUGUAAUUUGAGGGACCACUGUAUAACAGUAUGCAGUCAGCACCUGAGCUCCCUCUAGCGGUGGCUGAAGGUAGCCCGUAUGCAAUGUUAUUAGUCUUUGACUAUUCAAAGGAUUUGAGGCUCUCCAUCAGAAGCUAUGUGCAGAACCCUAUAAAUAUAAACUGUAAGUUAAGGAUUUAGUAAGCACUGAAUUUGGAUAUUUACCUAUUGUUUUAUAUUAUGGCAAUUUUGGAGAUAUGAAAUAAAAGCCUGUCAUUUCAAUCACAUACUAUGUAAUGUGUAUUCCAAAAUGUAGAAGCCCCAGACACAUUAUGAACACCUCAUCCGUGCAGUGAAUAUGAAUAAAUAAUUUUUUCCAUAUAUAUUCGUAGUAUUCCUCUUAAUAGGAACAGUGCUGGGAGCUAACUUAUUGCUUUUCUGAAUGUCAUAUUAGGUUAAUGCAAAUGAAUGUCUAAAAGUGAACAUUAUAUAAAAAUAUUAGAAAAAUGGUUUUGCCAUUUUUAAUAUCUGAGAAGAUAACUUGUCACUUUGCUGGUAGCAGUAAAAAAUUAUAACUAUGAAAGUUUUUCAUAUAUACUUUAGGAUGUAGAGCAUUUCCCUGUAAAUUCAUGUGUGUAUAUAUAAAGUCCUUGGGAUGUCCUCUUUCGGCAGAUGGUUAAACAUUCUGUUUCUUUGUUUUA